AUGGACCUCUUCGCCGCCGCCUGCGGCAACUUCGGACUAGUUAUCAACAAGGAGAGGACGGUGGUUAUGUAUCAACUGCCACCCGAUGCUGCCUAUGCCGCACGCAAAUCAAGGUGAACGGCGCCCAGCUGCAAACUGUGGACAAAUUCCCAUACCUGUGCAGCACCCUCCCUCACAAAAACAAAACCAACGAUGAAGUGGCCAGCGGGUUUCCAAGGCCAGCCAAGCAUUCAGCCAUUCGCGAAACACAGUUUUGAAUCGAAAUGGUCUCCGAAUCAACACCCAUCUGAAGAUGUACAAGGUGGUCAUCCUGCCGACUCUCUUGUAUGGAGCGGAGACCUGCACGUUGUAAAUAAACAGGCGCAAAUAUUCAACUUAUUCCACCUCGUCUGUCUCCAACGGAUAUUGAAGCUGAGGUGGCAGGACCGGACCCAAAACACGGAGGUAGUGUAACAGACAAGCGGGUCAACUGGGAGAAUCUCUUCGGGACCGAAGAUCACCGUCCUGCCAGUGAAAACCGGCGCAGGGAUCUACGAAUCCAAACGUAUCACUGCUGCCAAAGCCAAAUGCAAUGCUCGUAAAUCCCAACUGUCACUCACAACCGCCUCGCCACGCCAACAAUCAACCACCCCGACCUAUCUACAAUGUCAGCGGAAAUUUCGGGCGCCAAUCAUUUUCGUUGGACAUAUUCGUACCAAAUGCAACACCCCAACGACCACCCGCUGUCCCCUUGUCCCUUUUUUGCUUCGCCUUCCACACCGACAAUCAACACUGACCGCACUCCUGAACGCCCACUGACAUCCUGCUCCGUCAGCUUAACAUCUGCUGCGACAGCUUUUUCACCCACCGUCAUUGCACUCAAUCCUAACGCACCAACAAACAUCAACCUCCCCACCAUCAACGCCGGCGAUUUGGACUCCGUCCAGACCUGUCCUUAUUGCGAUAGCACAUCCGCCUCACACACCGGCCUUGUCAUUCACUUGCGAAUCCAUCGCACAGAGACUGGCGAUCCAAUGCCUGGAGCACCAACACUCACUUGA